AUGCGCAAGAAGAGCACUUACAUCUUACCACCCUUAGAAAAUAAAAAAAUUAUAGCUAUUGAAAAAUAAGUUUAGAAAGACAUUUCAGAAUAACAUAAUGCUAUGGAAUAUGUAAGAUCAGAAAUGAAUUCAAUCGUUUCACUCAAAUAUUAGGCUUAAAUCAAAUCUUUCUCGCAUAGUCGAUUUAAUAGAAUGCAUGCCAGCCAAUCAUUACAUCAACCUAUAGUUAAUUAACCUCCAAAAUUAGAGUCUUCUAAGUCUUCCUUGGAUUUCUUAUAAACCAUUAGAAAAAGAUUUUUGAAAUCUUCUAUUGAACCUGAAAAUGUUGAAUUACUAAAGUGGUACUAAGAAGAGGAAUAUUAUGAGUUGAAAGAAUACUUUAAGAAGAAUCCAAUCGAUUAAUUUAUAUAAGGCUUGACAUUGCUCUAUAGAGCAGUCAAGGAUGAAAAUUAAAAAAUGGUCUCAUUUUUGUUAUCAAAAGGUGCUAAUAUGCAUUUAAUCUAAGAAGUUAUUUAUUAAUAACUAAUUUAAAGAAAUGGCCCUAUCGGUAGAUGA